AUGCUUAUAACUGAAAACACAACGAUCGAUACAUCAUUGGCUUUCCCGAGGCUCGAACUCGGGAUCUCGCGGACGGAGCAAUUACAACCCAUCACGACCGUGACCACUGCGUGUGAACGCCUCACACAACUUGGUUGCGAACCACCACCACCGAUGUCGCUGCUGGACCUGCCGGCGGAGCUGCUGCACGAGAUCGCGGGGUACCUGCCGGACCUGCACUCGACGUUCGAGGCGACGAUCCUGGGCGACGUGCGGCCGGGGGAGUACGCCCGCGUGGACGCGCUGCGGGCGCUGGCGCAGAGCUGUCGGCGGCUGCGCGCGGAGCUGCUCCCGCUGCAGUGGCGCACGGCGCGCGCGUACUUCACGGCGCGGAACCUGCGCCGUAAGCCGAGGACGAGGGAGAAGAUGCUCGAGCGCCGGAUGGCGAGGCUAAGAAGGGCGGCGUAUCUGCAUCCGUUCGUGCAGACCCUGGCGGUCACACUGGACGAGUGCACGGAGGACAACUGGCACGGGCUCGUCGCGUUCGUGCGCGUGCUCGAUGCGCUGCCCCGUCUCCAGUCCGUCGUCAUCAUCGCCCUCCCGCCGGACGCCGCGAAGCUGCUCGCCACCGCGCUGGAGGGGAAGUCGUUCCCCAAUAUCCGGCACCUGACGAUGCCGGCGCACGGGCACGUCCUGCGCGUGCUGCGCGCCGUGCCCGGGCUGCGCGCGCUCACGCUCGGCGACGGCCUCUCGCUGAUCCUGCGCCCGUCCGCGGCCGAGAUCGCCGCCGCCUGCCCCGGCCUGCGUGCCCUCAACAACGUGUUCCCGGGCACCAACGCCGACGAGGCGCGCCAGCUGUUCGCGGCGCUCCACGCGCACUUCCCGCGCGUGGAGCGGAUGAUGCUCAACGGGCGGUUCGGCGCGGACGCGCUGCGCAGCCUGCGCCCCUUCGCCGCGCUGCGCGAGCUCGCCAUCCGGUACCGCGGGCCCUCGGCGUGGGAGCGCGCCGAGGACGUCCCCACGCCCGGGGAGCUCCUCCGCGUGCUCCGUCUCACGUUUGCGGCCCGCGCCGGCGGCACGCUCCGCGCGACGGUCGAGGUGCUGCCGACGCCCACGGGCGAGUGGAACCCGGAUGUGAACCUGGUCGAGCGCGUGCAGGUCGCGGAGAUGUAG